AUGGUAUUGACCCAUUCAUUAGCCAAAGAUGGCACUCACGUCUUUCACAACAAUUUAACCAACAAGUAUCUUCUAGUAGGAGACAAUGGGAACAGUAUUGAGACCACCAAGGAGUACUCAUUAACCAACGACAACACUAAUGUCAUUUCAUGUAUCAUUGGUGUUAUCAAGUUGAAAGUGAACUCAUAUGUGAUUAUUGCUGAUAAGCAUCUUGUCACUGGGUCCAUUUUGAACAAGGAAAUUGCUUUAAUCAAGAGUUACAAGAUUUUAUCAUUAAGUGGGUCAAAGCCAACAAGUGAAGAGAAAGUAUACUUGGAUCUAUUGAAUAAACAGUUGAAAAAUGGUACUUUAUACUACUCAAUAGACAACCAGUAUGAUAUUACCAACUCGUUGCAGAAGCAGUACACUACCGAGCAUGCCAAAAUUGAUGACAGAUUCUGGUGGAAUAAAUACAUUUCGACACCAUUAGUUGAAGCGGACCGUGGUUUUGAAUUUAUCACACCGGUAAUCUAUGGAUACUUCAAGUCCCAUUCAACUAUCUUUAAUGGCAAGGCAUUGCAGUUUGCUUUAUUAACUCGUCGCUCAAAUGAGAGAGCUGGUACAAGAUAUUUCCGCCGUGGUAUUGAUGCUCAAGGCAAUGUCGCCAAUUUCAAUGAAACGGAACAGUUUGUCACUACUGAUGAUAAUCAUAUUUACUCGAUCUUGCAAACAAGAGGUUCAGUUCCGGUAUACUGGGCAGAGGUCAACAAUUUGCAAUACAAGCCUAACUUGGAAAUUAGUUCACAACCUUCUGGAGACGCUACUGCGGCUCAUUUUGCCCAGCAGGUGGGUUACUAUGGUGACAACUAUUUGGUCAAUUUAGUCAAUCAACUGGGAUACGAAAAACCGGUUAAGCAAGCUUAUGAAGCAGCAGUCGAGAAUUUGCCCGAAAAAUUGAAAACCCAUGUUCAUUACAUCUAUUUCGACUUCCACCAUGAGUGUAAAGGUAUGAGAUACGAUCGUAUUAACUUGUUAUUGGAUCGUUUAAUUGGGUUGGGAUAUACUUCCGACAACUAUUUUGAAAUUGACUUGAACACGAGACAAAUUGUCCAUUUGCAAAAGUCGGUAAUCAGGACCAAUUGUAUGGACUGCUUAGAUAGAACCAACGUUGUUCAAGGUUCUAUUGGACGAUGGGUUUUACAAAAUCAGUUGGUCAAAUCAGGAUAUUUAAAUUCAGUUGAAACUCCUUUUGCUAAAGUGGAUCCACAAUUUAACUUGUUUUUCCAAAAUUUCUGGGCAGAUAAUGCUGAUGCUGUUAGUUGUGCCUAUUCAGGAACUGGUGCUUUGAAGACUGACUAUACUCGUACUGGAAAGAGAAGUUACCGUGGUAAUCUUCAGGACUUGAAGAAUUCACUUACUCGAUAUUACAAGAACAACUAUUCCGAUGGAAGUAGACAGGAUUCGUAUGAUUUGUUUCUUGGUAAGUACAAGCCAUAUCAAGAUGCAGUUAACUCACCAUUUAUUGAUAUUAGACCAGCUUAUGUCCAAUUGUUGCCUUAUUUAAUGGGCACUUCAUUUUUGAUCAUGUUGGCAGUGUUUUAUUACCCAAGAGGUUCAUUAUUCGAUUUGAAAAACUUGGCCAUCAUUGCCUUGUGUUUACUCUUCAACUUGAGAAGUUUAUCAUGGAUUAUUGCUAAUGGAUAUCAAUAUGUUGAUUGGCCAAGAUUAGUUCCUUUGGAUUACUUGAGAAAGCAAAACACUUAUGAUGCCGAUGGUAAAGUGACCGGAACAAAGUAUGAAAAGACUGACUAUUUCAAGGGAAUUAGUAAGAAGAAGAAUUAG